CGCGUCUCGGAGAGUUGAUGGCAGCACCACAGUGCGGCCACCCGGCCGAGCGCCGAGCGCAGCCUCCCGCCGCUGCCCGGGGAGCGUCCAAGAUGUGGGGGGACUGGGGCGGCAGCGGCCGCCGCGGCGCCAGGGACCGGGGCGCGCAGCAGCCUCCGCUCGCCCGCCUGUGCUGACCUGCCUCGCUUGCCCCCAAAGAAUGUCAGCCAAGUCCAAGGGGACCCCCUCCUCGUCCUCUCCAGCCGAGGGACCGCCGGCAGCCUCCAAAACCAAGGUGAAGGAACAGAUAAAGAUCAUCGUGGAGGAUCUGGAAUUAGUCCUGGGCGACCUGAAGGACGUGGCCAAGGAACUUAAGGAGAAGCUCCAUAACCUACUCCCACCUCCCCACAUGAUGAAACAGGGAAACAGUGCUGCAGGCAGACAGUGACAACAGGACACCAGGAAAUGCCCGAGAAGGUGGUUGACCAGAUUGAUACCCUGACUUCUGACCUACAGCUGGAGGAUGAGAUGACCGACAGCUCCAAAACGGACACCCUGAAUAGUAGCUCAAGUGGGACAACAGCCUCCAGCAUAGAGAAGAUCAAAGUGCAGGCCAAUGCCCCCCUCAUUAAACCCCCAGCCCACCCAUCUGCUAUCCUCACGGUCCUGAGAAAGCCAAACCCUCCACCUCCUCCUCCACGGUUGACACCUGUGAAGUGUGAAGACCCCCAAAGAGUGGUGCCCACUGUCAAUCCGGUAAAGACCAAUGGCACCCUUUUGCGAAGCAGAGGCUUCCCAGGGGCACCAAACAAAAUUCCAAACGGAGACAUUUGCUGCAAACCCAGCAGUAACUUGGACAAGGCUCCAGUGCAGCCUCUGAUGCAUAGACCUGAAAAAGACAGGUGCCCCCAAGCAGGGCCUCGGGAACGAGUUCGGUUUAAUGAAAAAGUCCAGUACCAUGGCUAUUGUCCUGACUGUGACACCCGGCAUCACAUAAAAAAUAGGGAGGUCCACUCACACAGCGAACCUGUCCACCCGCCAGGAAAGCUUCCUCCCCAAGGCCCUGCCCAGCCUCCUCCCCCUCAUCUCCCUCCUUUUCCACUAGAAAAUGGGGGGCUGGGAAUAAGCCACAGUAACAGCUUCCCCCCACUCAGACCUGCACCUGUGCCUCCUCCCACUGCACCAAAACCACAGAAGACGAUCUUGAGGAAAUCAACCACUACAACAGUGUGAUG